AUGACUGAACUGCCAAUAACGCACCGAAGGUUAAUACGUUUUCGAUACUUUUCACUGCAAAGAUUGACUAAAUUUAAGGUAUGGGAUGAGUAUGGGCGACCAAUGUAUUCUAGUAGUCCGCAUGAUUACCCGAUUACGGCAAUCGCAUGGGAUCCCGAUGGAAAUCUGUUUGCUGUUGGAUCUUUCAAUCUUCUCAGACUCUGUGAUAAAGCCGGGGUGAGUCCACUAGAAACUUUGAUGAUUAUUUUUAGGUAUUUUUUAAUGGUAGAUGGAGCGCUAGUGCAGGUGUACAAUUACGAAGGUCGCAUGCAGUGUACGCUAAAACAACCAGCAAUUAGUGCAGCCGGCGAAUUAAUCAGUGAAAAAUCUGCUGCUAUUUCGAACGAUACUACGGCGAUUCGUGAUCGUAUUGACCCGAAGUCUAUACAUUUAUUUGAAACAAUCACUGGAAAAAGUGCAGGCAGUGGAAAGCUUACGCAUACGUCGAAAUCUAAAACAUACGUCAAAUAUGCAAUCAAAAAAGUACUGCAGAACGACGUAAUCAAAAUAGCAAUCGAUCAGUGCGGGCCGCCAAGUGGCCGAAAAGUAGCAUUCAUUGAUAAAAGUUUGGACUGCUAUUUGGCACUCGUAAAAACUUACGGGAUUUCACAAAGAAUCGCUAAAAUUGGCGCUGUGGUUACAAAUAUUCACUUUAACGAUCAGACUAACAUGCUAGCUGGUUUGCAAGAUAAUCAUUUGGUUGUAUGGCUCUAUCCGUCAUCAGUUUUUGUCGAUCGUGACAUGCUUCAAAAAACCAUAUUCGAGAAGGAUGAUAUCGACCUUGGCAAAGCCCCAAAUUUACUAACGUUUGUUGGUAACCAUGUGUCAGUGCGACGAUCGGAUGGCGCACUCAUCCCCUGCUCUAUAACGCCAUUUCCAGCAGCUUUAUGUGCGCAUAUUGCCGCUUCUAGAUGGGAUCAAGCGAUUCGUUUAUGCCGACAUAUUAAAGUUGAAAAAGUAAAAUUUUUGUCAGACCUAAGGGCUGAGCCAAGCAAAGAUGUACGAUCAGCGAUGAUGGCCGCGUUUACCGGGAAUUUCAAAGAUGCGGAUGCUAUGCUGGUACAAAAUGAGCAAAUCUUUCGAGCUAUUAUGCUCAAUAUUUCAAUAUUUCGUUGGCAGAGGCAAGUUUCCGAUAAAGUUUAG